AAAAAAGAACAUAAAAAUCUUUCUGCUUGAGUUUUCCCUACAAAAAUAUCUAUCUUUUUUCUCUGCCUGCAUCUUUUCCAUUUCCAUUUCCAUUCCCAUUCUUUUGGAGGGAGCUCAGCAUGCAUUCCUUAAUUCUUUCACCACCAAUUACACCUUUCAAAUCCAAACACUUAAUCCCAUCUAUUACACCUUCUUCAAGUUUUUUAAGAAACUCAGCGUGUUCUAGUAGUAAUUAUGCUGCAUCUUCCUCUAUAGUUUGCAAAGCUGCAGGAACAACUUCUUCCAUCACUGAUUUUGAUCUAUAUGAUCUGCUCGGUGUAGAUAGCUCUUCGGACCAUUUGGAGAUCAAACAAGCGUAUCGAAUGCUGCAAAAGAAAUGUCACCCGGAUAUUGCUGGAGUGGCAGGACAUGACAUGGCUAUUAUCCUUAAUGAAGCUUAUGCUGUUCUGUCUGAUCCUCUUUCACGUUUCUCCUAUGACAAGGAGCAAGCUAAGGUUGCAGAAUUCAAAGGGUAUACAGGGAAGCCUUUAUACUCAGUAUGGUAUGGAUCUGAGAGUGAGCAGAGAGCUAUUUUUGUUGAUGAAGUCAAGUGUGUAGGCUGCUUAAAAUGUGCCCUAUUGGCUGAAAAGACAUUUGCAAUUGAAUCCGUUUAUGGUAGAGCACGAGCCAUUGCUCAGUGGGCUGAUCCCGAAAACAAAGUUAAUGAAGCCAUAGAAGCAUGCCCUGUUGAUUGCAUUUCUAUGGUGGAGAGGUCAAAACUUGCAGCAUUAGAGUUCCUCAUGUCAAAGCAACCACGUGGUAAUGUUAGAAUCGGCGCAGGGAAUACUGUAGGCACUCGUGUAUCAAAUAUCUUCGUUGAUGUCGAUAAAUUCCAGGAUAACUAUUUAGCAGCCUUGGAAAAAGGAUCUAAUAAACGCUCCAAGGACCAGGACCUUCAUUGGGAAGCACGAAUGUCCGCCUUUCAAGCAAUCAGAUCAAUCACAAACUGGUUAUACUGGCAACCACCCAUUCCAGGAAUGCCCGCAACUCAAACAGGAAAAAAAAUGUUACAAAUAGCAGAAAAUUCCACACAAUCAAACUCACCAGACAUUAACAAGCUAAAGGAAGCUGUAGCUGCUAGAAAACAAGCGCGGACAACCACAAAAACAAAACCAAGUAACUCAUCCGAGUACUGGACACCAUCGCCAUUUAUCCUUCCAGAGUCGCCAAAUAGCAAACCCGACCCUAAACCUUCUCCCACUUCAACUAGCAAGAAACCAAAUGGGGAUUCAUAUUAUGAGAAGUUUGUGGUUCCAAGGAGGAGGAUUAGAACUAGUAGUCCUUAUGAGCGCGGAGUUCCUGUUGCAAUGGCUAUCGUUGCAGCAAUCAUAAUUCGGUUACAACUUGGAGAUACUGCGGCUGCUGGGGGAAUCGAAGCACAUAUCGGCGGUUCUUUGUUACAGGAUGUUGUUAACAGUUCAUGGAUGCAAGUCAUUUUAGCUGGUGUCACUUGGUACCUUAUUGGUAUGUAUGGAGUUGAACUCAUUGCAGCCCUUCAAAUAAAAUCACAUGAUAUUGAAGAAUGAUUGAAAUAUAUAGGUACAUAGAGAUAUAUAUUAUGUAUAUACUUAGUUAAGUUCUGUUAAUGUAUGGGUAUAAAUCUUCCAUCAAGUUGCUGAAAUCGAAUAUAUAUGCAGAAAGAAACAAUUUUAAGA